CCAUCGUCAUUCGCCUAAAAAUACCACGAAGGAAGCGCAAACGCAUUUGAAUCAUCUUUCACUUUUCACAUUCAUCUCGGAAAUCUCAACCGGCAUCGGCUUUUGUUGAACACGCACUCGGCUCCGGAAUUUGAUUGUUAUAAUAAACGAAAAUGAGCGGAAGGCCUACCGUUUAUCCCGCAGAGGAAUUUGAGCCGGUUGAGGAUGCCAAAGCCCUUAAGCAGGCUUUUAAAGGAUUCGGCUGUGACGAGGACACCGUAAAUGAAAUAAUAACAAAAAGGAGCAACGAGCAGCGGCAAGAGAUCGCGAAACAGUUUAAAACACUGUUCGGAAAGGAUCUGAUAAAGGAAUUGAAAAGUGAGCUCAGAGGAAAUUUUGAGGACGUUAUCGUCGCCUUGAUGAUACCACCUGUUGAAUACUACGCGAAACAGCUCCACAAAGCUAUCAGUGGAAUUGGGACCAAUGAAAAGGCAAUCAUUGAAAUUUUAGGUGUGCAUCGAAACCAAGAGAUUCUGGCAAUCGGCGAGGCCUACCAGAGCAUGUACGGCAACACUCUUGAGAGUGAUCUCAAGGGGGACACUUCAGGCUCGUUGAAACGACUCCUAGUCUCUCUAGUUACUGCCCACAGAGACGAGUCGGGAAUAGUGGACCACGACGAGGCCUACAAGGACGCACAGACCCUGCUACGUGCCGGUGAACUAUUCGCUGGCACCGACGAGUCGACCUUCAAUCAAAUCUUGUGCCAACGCAACCGUGACCAGUUAAACAAGGUGUUCGACAAAUACGAGGAGAUAACCGGGCACGAUUUCGAAACCGCCAUCGAGAACGAAUUUUCCGGAACGGUCAAGGAGGUGCUGCUGGCCCUCGUGAAGUGUAUUAGAAGUGAGGUGGACUACUUGGCCGAAAGGCUUCACGGUAGUAUGGUCGGAAUCGGUACCGAUGACACGACGUUAAUUCGGAUUGUGGCGACCAGGUCCGAAAUUGACCUCGAAGAUAUAAAGGAGGCGUUUUGUAAUAAGUACGGAAAAACUCUGGCCGAGUUUAUUCAAGAUGAUACAUCGGGUGAUUAUAAGAAGUGCCUGCUGUCAAUUGUUGGAUGAACUUUAUAUAUUUUUUGAGAUAUUUAUAAGAUUUAUGUAUUGUAAUAAUAAAACAAUUUCAAUUAA